AAAAAGCAAAAAGCCGUUGUUAAGAGAAUCUUGGAAAUGCACACAACCCUUUCACUUUCCCUUCUCACCACUCUUGAAAAAUUCAAUCGUUAAGUUAAGGUCCCUGUGAAGCAAAUGAUCCAGUGCAAGUCAGUCUGAAAACAGAACAAUACACACAGUUUCCAUGGAAAAAAGCUUGGUUGAUAAGGUCUUCUCUUGGUCUUUAAGUGACGUUCUUAAUGAAGAACUCUACAAAGAGAAGGUUAAGAAGAUCCCUGAAUCGUUUCAGGCAGUGGAUCAGUAUUUUGAGUCAUUUGUUUAUCCAUUACUGGAGGAAACUAGGGCGGAGCUGUGUUCUUGUCUGGAGAACCUAUCUAGAGCACCUUACGCUCAUGUGACAUCCUUUAAGAUUAUUAAACAAAAUGGAAAACUGUUUUAUGAUAUUGAGGUUGAUUACUGGAGAAACAAAUAUGGAGUUGAUGGAGAAAGACCUUACAGGACAUUUGCAGGACAUUUCUUUGUUUUUACAGAUGCUAAACCCGAUGCUGUUUCUGAUUUGCGACAGCUUGAAAAUAGAUGGGCUUUAUUGUCUAAUAUUACAGACACUAAGAAUGAGCAUGGUCUUAGUGUUACUUGUCUUGGAGUCCAGACUAAUAAAGAGAUUCAAGACAAGUUGUCAUCAGGGAGGCCAUUGUUCAUUGUUUUCUUGAUGAACAUGAGGACCAAUGAGAGAAUAUGGAAUUCAUUGCAAAUGGGUGGAAAUAUGAAUGUAAUUAAGCAAAUCUUGUGCUCUGAUACGCAGCAGGAUGAGAAGAACUGUGCCCUCUGUCGUGCUCGAGGAGAUUUCCUUGUAUUUGAAGAGUCUAGUAGGAUUUUGCCUUCUGAGCUGAACAAGUCUCAAAGGAAAGUGGUCACUGACAUUCUCUGCAAAAUUGAAUGCAAUCACAGAUCCUUUGUGGAACUUAUCCUGGGCCUUCCAGGAACAGGGAAAACGAGAACAUUGAGUAUUUUAAUCUAUAUUCUCUUAAGAAUGAAUUGUAGGACUCUUAUCUGUGCCUCAACAGAUGUUGCAGUUGCAGAAUUGGCAUCUCGUGUUUUGAAGCUUGUAAAGGAGUCAUCUGAAGCAUCGUACUUAUUGGGCAGGAUUCUUUAUUUUGGGGAUGAAGGCUUGUGGAGAGUUAAUGCAGACAUUGGAGAAAUAUAUAUGGAUCAUCAAGUUGAAAGUCUUAAUAGUUCACAAUUGUUGACUGCUUCCCUAAUAUUUUGCACUGCUUCAAGUUCUCAUGCACUGCAUUCAGUUCUAGAAAAUACAUUGGACCUGUUAAUGGUUGAUGAUGCAGCACAUAUGAGAGAGUGUGAAUUAUCCAUACCAUUACAACUGCCAGGUGUUAGGCAUAUUGUUCUUUUUGGUGAUCCAUGUCAGCUAACAGCAACCGUUACUAGCAAUGUGUCUGCUAGAGCUGAUUUUGGAAGAAGUUUAUUUGAAAGGUUGAAUUCAAUCGGCCAUUCAAAGCAAAAUCUGGAUAUGCAGUACAGAAUGCAUCCUCUUAUCAGUUUGCUUCCUAAUUCAGAAUUCUAUGGCAACCAAAUUUUGGAUGCUCCAAAUGUUAAAAAUAAAAGAUACAGAAAGUACUUUCUUUUGGGUCCAUUAUUUGGUCCAUACUCUUUCAUAAAUGUUUCUUGUGGAAGAGAGGAAACUGUUAGCUUCACAUAUAGUUAUAAAAAUAUGGUUGAAGUUGCAAUGGUGACAAAAAUUGUCAGAAAAUUGUUUAAAGCAUGGGGCGAAUCCAAAGAGAAGCUUAGUGUUGGCAUACUUGCUCCAUACACUGCACAAGUUGUUGCAAUCAAGGAAAAAGUGGGACAGAAGUAUGAUAGCUUUGGUAGAUUUUCACUGAAAGUGAGUACAAUUGAUGGAUUCCAGGGUGGAGAAGAAGAUGUAAUAAUAUUGACAACUGUAAGAUCUAAUGCUGAAGGAUCGGUUGGGAUCAUUUCUGACUGGCAGAUAACUAAUGUAGCCUUGACAAGGGCCAGAUGCUGCCUUUGGAUUGUGGGAGAUGGGAGAACUCUUUCCAGUAGUAACACUGUUUGGAAAUCAAUAGUCCAAGAUGCUAAGCUGCGUAAUUGUUUCUAUAAUGCUGAAGAAGAUGAAGAUUUGGCAGAUGUUGUGCUAGAGGUGAAGAAAGAAACGGAUCAGAUUGAUGACUUCCUAAAUGCUGAUAGUUUGCUUUUUAAAAAUGCCAGAUGGAAGGUUUUGUUCAGUGAGAAUUUCAGAAAGUCAUUUGAAAAGUUGAAGUCUUCUGAAACAAAGAAGUUGGUUAUGAAUUUAUUACUGAGGCUUUCUUGUGGCUGGCCUCCAAAGAGGAGGAAUACAAACUUAGUUUGUGAUAACUUCUCUCAGAUGUUGAAACAAUUUAAGGUUAAAGAUCUGCAUAUUAUUUGCUCAAUUGAUGUUGUGAAGGAUUCAUGCUACAUCCAAGUCUUGAAGGUGUGGGAUAUGUUGCCUUUGGAGGACAUACCAUUGUUGGCUGUUCGUCUUAGUGCUGUAUUUCAAUCAUAUACUGAUGAUUUUGUCAAACGUUGCAAGCAGAAGUGUCUUGAGGGGGAUCUGGAAGUUCCAAUGAGUUGGGAUACAUUUAUUGCUCGUUUUAAGAAAGACUGUGCGCAGGGUGGGAAUACUUCAAGUACUUUUGAUGAAAUAGGCUGCGUUGAGAGUUGCAAAACAAGUGACAGUUUUCUGCUUAUGAAAUUCUACUCCUUGUCUGCUGGUGCUGUAAGUCACUUGCUUUCUUCUUGUGAUGGAAAUGAAAUUGAUCUUCCUUUUGAGCUAACAGAUGAAGAAAAGGAUAUUAUCCAAUUAUGUGGAAGCUCUUUUAUUCUAGGCAGAUCAGGUACUGGUAAAACUACUGUUUUGAUUAUGAAGUUAUUUCAUAAGGAGCAGCUUUAUCAUUUAGCUUCAGAAGGAUUUCAUAAAGUUGAAAGCAGUUCCUCCAUAAGUAAUGAGAAUGGUGGAAGUGAAGUUGAAAACAAGGGAAAUAUUUUGCGACAAAUCUUUGUUACAGUCAAUGUUAAGCUGUGCUAUGCUGUUAGACAAUAUAUUUUGCUCUUAAAAAGAUCAACAUGUGGCUGGAAUUCUUCAGCUGAAGUCCCUCAAUCUGAUUUGGAUGAUGUUGAUGAGGGAUCACAAUUUUCUGACAUUCCAGAUUCUUUUUCUGAUAUUCCACUCAGUUCCUAUCCCCUUGUGAUAACAUAUAACAAAUUCUUAAUGAUGCUGAAUGGAACAGUUGGCAGCUCAUUUUUUGGAAGAUUUCCUGAAUUUAGGGAACAUUCUCAGUUAAAGAGAAGAAGUUCUAGAUCCAUGGCCUUGAAAACUUUUAUCAGGACAAAAGAGGUUCAUUACGCCAAGUUUUGUUCAGCUUACUGGCCCUGUUUCAGUAUACAGCUAACAAAGAAACUUGAUCCAUCCACAAUAUUUGCAGAGAUAGUUUCUCAUAUAAAGGGAGGUUCCAGUGUUUGUGUCCAAGAUGAUAAACUAAGUAGGGAGGAGUAUAUUUCCUAUUCUGGGCGUAGGUUAUCCCAUCUAAGUGAACAAGAAAGGAGUACAAUUUAUGAUAUUUUUCUUCAAUAUGAAAAGAAAAAGAAAGCAAGAGGGGAGUUCGAUAUAUCCGACUUGGUAAUUGACCUUCAUCACCGGCUUAGAGAUGAGAAAUAUGACGGUGAGAUAAUGGACUUUGUGUAUGUAGAUGAAGUGCAGGAUUUGACAAUGAGACAAAUUUCUCUUUUCAAAUAUAUCUGCAGAAAUUUUAAGGAAGGGUUUGUGUUUUCAGGUGAUACAGCCCAGACUAUUGUAAGAGGGGUUGAUUUUAGGUUCAAAGAUAUAAAAGCUCUUUUCUAUAGAGAGUUCAUGGCAUGUGAGAGAAAUGGGAAGGGACAAAUUUCUGAUAUCUUUAAUUUGAGCCAGAACUUCCGUUCCCAUGCUGGUGUUUUAAAGCUAGCUAACAGUGUUCUGAACCUUCUUUAUCAUUUCUUUCCUUUCUCUGUUGAUAAAUUGCAACCUGAGACAAGUCUUGUGAAUGGAGAACAACCAGUUUGGGUACAGAUGAGAAAUGAGGAUAACACAUUAUGCUCGUUCUUCAAGAGCAAUGAAAACUUUGACCGUGGAAUUGUUGGUUUUGGAGCUGAACAAGUUAUUUUAGUGAGAGAUGAUAGUCUGAAGAAUGAAGUUCUCAGUCAUGUGGGAAAGCAGGCUCUUGUCUUGACAAUAAUGGAGUGCAAAGGCCUGGAAUUUAAGGAUGUGUUGUUGUACAACUUUUUUAGCUCUUCCCCUUUGAGGAAUCAGUGGGACGUUAUAUAUGGAUAUAUGAUUGAGCAAAAUUUGUUUCAUUCCCCUCAUCCGAAGUCCUUUCCAAUAUUCAAUGAGGGAAAACAUAUCACCUUGUGUUUGGAGCUAAAGCAAUUGUAUGUGGCAAUCACUCGCACAAGGGAAAGGUUGUGGAUUUUUGAGAAUCAAUUAUGCUCUAUGUUUAACUAUUGGGAGAAGCUACACCUUGUCCAAAUUCGCGAAUUUGAAUACAAUUUUCUCCAUGAGAUUCAAGUUCAAAGCAGCCAAAGGGAGUGGAAAGAUCGUGGUAUGAAGUUCUUUUAUCAGCAAAAUUAUGAUAAGGCAAGAUUUUGCUUUGAAAAGGCAGGGGAAUCUUAUUUGGAAAAGUGGGCAAUGGCUGCUGGUCAUGUUUCUACUGCCGAUCAAAUGAGGGAUUCAAAUCCCAAAAUGGCGGACAAUCAUCUUACUGAGGCUGCUCAUAUUUAUGAGUCCAUUGGCAAGAAUGAGUCUGCUGCCCAAUGUUUCUUUGAGUUACAUGAAUAUGAAAAAGCUGGCAUAAUUUACUUGGAGAAGUGUGGGGCAUCUAAGCUUGAAGAAGCUGGUGACUGUUUUUAUCUUGCAGGAUGUCAUGAAAGAGCAGCUAAUAUUUAUGCUAGAUGCAGCUUAUUCUCAAAGUGUUUGUCUGCUUGUGCUGAUGGGAUAUUAUUUGAAGUGGGAUAUGACUUUAUCCAAUUAUGGAAAGAGAAUAAUUUUCUAAUUGGACAAGGGUUUCUUGGAUGUAAAGAAAUUCAGAGUUUCUUGGAGAGAGGCGCACUUUAUUUUCUAAAGCUUCAGGAUUCUGAAUCCAUGAUGAAAUUUGUGAAAGAAUUUCAGAAUGAGAAACUAAUGCGUACUUUCUUGAAGAAUGUAGAUUGCCUUGACGAACUUAUGUUGCUUGAAAAGGAAAGCGGCAAUUUUUUUGAGGCAGCAAAUGUUGCAAACCUGAAAGGUGAUAUUCUGCUUGAAGCUGAUCUUCUAGAGAUGGCAGGAAGAUUUGAAGCAGCAUCCAACGUUAUUCUUUUCUAUGUGACAUACAACUCCAUUUGGAAACACAGAAGCAAAGGCUGGCCCUUGAAGCAGUUCGAGAAUAAACAGGAGCUUUUGAUAAAGGCUAAAACUUACGGUAAGGAAGUCUCGCAAGAAUUCCACAAUUUUGUUUGUAUUGAGGCAGACAUUUUAUCACAUGGAAAGGGCAGCUUAUCUAUGAUGAAAAAAAAUUGGAUGGAUUCUUCAAGCCUUGGAAGUUUCACAGGUAAAAUAUUAGGUGCACGAAAAAUUCUUGACGCUUACCUGUGUGCAAGUGCAUCACAGCAUGAGAGGGAGAUCCAUUUGGUUAAGGAUCUAAUAGAAUAUUCACAGAAAAAGAUAUCCUGGGAACAAACUUCUGUAGAAAAUAUGGUUUACUACUGGUGGUUUUGGAAAAAAGAGAUGGAGAAUGUUUUGAGUAGUCUACAGGGUAGCGAAGUAGAUUCUUACAGUGAAUUCUGUUUUAGCUACUUUGGUAUAAGUAAGCAGUUGAAGAAUGAGAAGACUGUGUGUCUUUUGCUUUAUCCUGAUGCAGAAUGGAUUAAGGGCAUUCAUCUUCAAAAUGUUAAGAGAAAUGGGAAUCAAAUAUGGAUUGAUGCUGACCAGUUUGCUCGUGCUGCUACUCGUUACUGGUCAUCCGAAAUGCUUACUGUUGGUGUGAAGGUGCUUGAAAUUUUAGAAGCUUUUUAUGUGUUUUCAUUAGAUAAUGCUUUAUGCUUGAAUUGCCAAGCCAUGCUACUAAUUCAGAUUUUCAAGGUUUCAAAUUCUCUUAUCAAGUCGAAAUCCUUGAACUGCAGUGACUUUAGUAACAUUCUGCGGAGAUUCCUUGAGAUUCCUAUAGAGAACUUCUUUGGACUUGUCUGUCCACUGGAUUGUCGAAUGCCAAUGACAAAAGAUAUGAUUUAUCUCAGAGAGACAUGGUCUUCGAGGAAUUUAUUGAAGGAAGUUAUCGAGAGAAUCAUUCGAUCAAGGGCUAUUACUAAUGGGCAACUUGGAAUGCUAAUGACAAUUAUUUUGUCUGGAAAAUUUUCAAUUGACCUGUAUGUGCAGAUUGCAGCAAGCCUUUGCCGUAGUGUAUCUUGGCAAGAGUUCAUGGAGAUUUUCAUUUUAACUUUAAGUAAUGAUAAUCCCAUUGAACAUCCAGGUGAAUUGGCGUUGGUUUGGAAAUUCUAUAUAGCUUUAGCAAAUACUGAUUAUACAGACUUCUCACCAAGUUUCUAUUUGUACCUUGUGGAUCGCCUGGUUAUUCUGGUAUCCUACUUGAAAGGUUACUUCUUCACAACUAAGUCUCCUUUGGUUGAAUGGCUUAUGUGCAGCGGAUGGAACACACUCCCAAAUUUGGAUUAUUUGUCUGAUGUUCAAAUGCAACCACUGGUUGAGAAAACUGUUGGCUUUGUGGCCGACACGGUUAAUAAAAUCAUUUGCAAUGAGCCUCAGAAAUGGCUCAAAAGAUUCAAUCUGAAAAUGGACUUCUACCCUCAUCUAGUGCUAAGAUUGAUCGUCACACUUUGCCUGUUGUGCAUCAAUUUUGAUGGGUAUUAUGGUUUGUUAUUCACUUUGCUGGAUAAGAGAGAAGUUACCUCUUUAUUACCAUGGAUGUUCUACAAGUCCCUAUGGAGGUUAAGGGAAAAUGAUGAAGAACAUAUAAAAAUUAGAGUUGUUUCAGAAGCGCUAAAAUGUAUUGGUAACCCUCUUGUAGUGGUCAAUCUUGGAAUACAUUGUGCAGAAUUUUCAUUUCCAGAUGCAAUUUUUCUGUACUUGACUGUUGAGCAAGGCAGACAAAGCAUUCUGCGAAGAUUAUUUCUAAAGAAUGAUUUGGUUUCCUCGAAACGAACUCGCAGUUCUAAGUGGGUAAGGGAAGACUCAUUUGGCAGGGCCAUUUUGAGUCCUUCAGCUCCCACUUUUAUCAGUGUAUCUGACCCUGUGAAUGCACAACAGUCCAAUAGGAACUUUUGGGUUUUGCUUGGUACUGUUGAGUUUGACCUUCUGACUGAUGCUCCAUGGUUUAAGGAAACGAUUUUAGAACACAUUCUCCUUGUAAAUGCUGCAAUGCAAAGUUUCUGUCAGAGUAAUCAUUGUCAAAGUAGUGGAAAUGCUGUUGGGGAUGUAAAUGAAUUCCUCGAUGAAUUGCAGCAGCUAUAUUCAGCAUUGGAUUCAAGGGAAUGGGAAGUUCAAGAAAAUAGAAUGAUUGAAGAGCUUUUGAAGAAGUUGCUGUUAAAAAGGGAAAGGAUGGAAAGUCUUCUGGAUGAACUGCUGAUGUGUGAUAAUAACAAGAGAAAUGAGAGUACAAGUUGCUAGAAAGAACGUCAAGACAGUGUAUGGUUUCAAAAAUUUUACUUGUUUUUGGUGGUUGAUGACCAAUUCCAGCUGUAAAAUGCGUAGUAUUGGAUGUAAUUUUAUAAUGAUAGUGUAUUAUUAUUAGUAGUAGUAGUUUUGUGGGAUAAUUAAGUUGUGAUAAAUUUUUAUGCUAAAAAAUUGCCUACCGAAAA